ACAAUAGUCACCAGCUCGUCAUCUGUCAAUGAUUCAGCCAUCUUGGACCACACUCUCCCUGUACAAUUAUCUAUGGUUAAAUGUGCGCAUGCGUGGGCGAGCAUGGCGUCGAAAACUAGUGAAGAUGUGCCCUCUUUGGGUCAGGUGAAAGCUGCUCUGCUUCGCUCCUACCUCGAGUGCACCGAGAGAGGGCUCCAGUACAGCGCCAACUGGGCGAUCGAGCUCGCCAGCGGCAUAGAAGACGAUGCUGAGGUUGCGGGAGCUCCCGAGGCACCAAGCCGCUCCCCUCAGCUCCAGGCCGAGCUGUGCCAGUACUACUAUGCCCAGUCCCUCCACCGACUGGGCGAGUACAGGAGAGCAGCUCAUGCACUGGCCAGCUGCCAGUCCCCUGAGGCCUUCUUCCUCAGAUGUUACUCCCUCUACCUUGCUGGAGAGAAGCAGAAAGAAGAUGAGAGAGUGGAUGCUAUUGGACCAGAUGAGGAGAGGAGGAUGGAGAAUGAGGAGCUCCUUUCCCUGAAGAGAGAGCUGGCAGAGAGAGCUGGAGCCAAGACUCUUGACAGCUAUGGCUACUACCUGUACGGAGUGGUACUGAGGGAGCUGAGCUGUAAGAAGGAUGCGAGGGAGGCUCAGAUGAUGUCAUUGUCUCUCCAGCCUCUCUUCUGGGGAGCCUGGUCGGAGCUGGCCAGCCUCUGUGACUCCAGAGAAAUGGUCCACCACACUAAUUACAGGGGUUCCCCCUCUCAACGGUUCUUCUUUCCAGCUGUAUGGCCUGAGUCUACCCUACCACUGGCUGAAGGAUUUCUUCUUGGCAGCUGCCUCCCUGAACCUGUCACUACUGGACGAUGCUCUCUCCUACUACACCAAUCUCAGCCUCGUGGGAUUUCUCUCCUCCUCUUACAUCACUGCCCAACUGGCUCUAGCACACUACCACAAGAAAGAUUAUGUCAGUGCCUGUGGACUGUUUGGUGAUCUGCGGAGAAAUGAUCCUCAGAGGUUGACUGACCUGGACGUCUUCUCUCACAUGCUCUUUGUCAUGGAGAAGUUACAGGAACUCACUCAAUUGACUCAGGAGGUGAUAAAGAUUGACAUGUACCGCGCCGAGACCUGCUCAGUUUUAGGUAAUUUCUACAGUCUUAGAGGGAAUCACGACAAGGCGAUAGCAUACUUCCGAAGAGCGAUUCGACUCAACCCAGGGGACCACUCAGCCUGGAUCCUGCUGGGCCACGAGUACCUGGAGAAGAAGAACUCCUGCAUGGCUCUGGAGGCUUACAGCAGAGGCAUUGCUGCCAACAAGCAGGAUCUCCGAGGCUACUAUGGGAUGGGACAUGUCUAUGAGAUGCUGGAAAUGCCGCACUAUGCCCUCUACUACUACAAGCAAGCACAUCGAUUGAGAGCAUCUGAUCCGAGGGUUCUGCUGGCAAUGGGACUGUGUUAUGAAGACCUGGCACGAUGGGAGGAAUCCAAGAAGUGUCUGAAGAGAGCCAUUGCUAUGAAAGAUCCUGAAGGAACUGCAAUCAUAAGAUUGGCCAA